GGGUGCCUGCACGGAGCUGCAGUGGACAGGGGCUCCAGGGCCAACGGUACCACUCCAGAUUGUCAAGAAUGAUGGGGGACCAGGGACUGGGCUCUGGCCUCCAGAAGGGAUGAAUGAAGGGGUCCGCACCCCUGACGGGCACACGCCCCUCCCCCAGAUUAUAGCCUUUGACGAGCUUCGGACCGACUUCAAGAACCCCAUUGACCAGGGGAACCCAGCGCGGGCACGUGAGCGUUUGAAAAACAUCGAGCGCAUCUGCUGCCUACUGCGGAAGCUGGUGGUCCCAGAGUACUCCAUCCACGGCCUCUUCUGUCUGAUGUUUCUGUGUGCCGCUGAGUGGGUGACGCUGGGCCUCAACAUCCCCCUUCUCUUCUACCACCUCUGGAGGUACUUCCACCGCCCAGCAGAUGGCUCCGAGGUCAUGUAUGACGCUGUCUCCAUCAUGAAUGCCGACAUCCUCAACUACUGCCAGAAGGAGUCCUGGUGCAAACUGGCCUUCUACCUGCUCUCCUUCUUCUAUUACCUGUACAGUAUGGUUUAUACGUUGGUGAGUUUCUGAGGGGGAAGCCGGCCAGGGAGUGAGCCCAGAACGGACCGGACGCCUGUGCACCCCCAGCCCUGCCCCUUGGCCACAGAGGCCUCAGCCCCGGGGAGGGAAGGGGGCACUGGUGCCCCCAGCCUCUCCACCACCACCCCCAAACUGCUGCUGCGGGGAACCCCCGCCUUCAGAGCCCUCCUCCUUGGACUAGGGCUGGGCAGAGCUCCAGACAGGCCCCGGCUCCUCUGCCAGCUGCCGGCAUGGCAGUCAGUCCCGGAAGGGGUGGGCCUCUGGCCUGGGCCACUUCCGGGAAAUCCUGGGCCCUGCUAUGGGGCCAGGCUUGACCCUGGACGGUCUGGGCCGCCCCCCUCCAACCCCACCCUGAGGCUCCCCCUGCAGGUGGGGGGGUACCCACACCCACCGGGAAUGAGCAGGCUCAGCAGGGGGCAGCCCCACCCCUAGUCUGCCCCCACCUUCCAGGCUCCCUUCCAGCCCCUUUCUUGGCUCUGCCCCCUUCCCCCCCACCCCUCGUCUCUUGGACCCAUUUUCUAUGUUGCCUGGAGGAGUCCAGCACCCCCUCCCUGGCCAUUUGUGACAAACUCUGAAUAAACUACUGCAAACACGGG